GUGAUUGGCAGCAGCCCCCAGAUGAGUGGCAUGGCUGCCCUGGCAGCUGCCGCCGCUGCCACCCAGAAGAUCCCCCCGGCCUCUGCCCCCACGGUGCUGAGCGUCCCUGCCGGUGCCACCCUGGUCAAGACAGUGGCAGUGACCCCCGGGGCCACCACCCUGCCGGCCACCGUCAAGGUGGCCUCCUCCCCGGUCAUGGUCAGCACCCCUGCCACCCGGAUGCUGAAGUCGGCGGCGGCGCAGGUCGGGGGCGGGGCCGCGGCCGGGGGCGGGGCCGGGGGCGGGGCCGGGGCGCGGCCAAUCAUCACCGUGCACAAGUCCGGCACCGUGACGGUGGCGCAGCAGGCCCAGGUGGUCACCACCGUCGUGGGGGGGGUCACCAAGACCAUCACCCUGGUGAAGAGCCCCAUCUCUGUGCCCGGGGGCAGCGCCCUGAUCUCCAACCUGGGCAAGGUGAUGUCUGUGGUGCAGACCAAGCCUGUGCAGAGCUCCGCGGUCACCGGCCAGGCCUCCUCGGGGCCUGUCACACAGAUCAUACCGGG